AUGACCCCAACCAGGCACCAGAGCCAGACUGCAAAGACCUACAUGUUUCAUUGUACAUCGUAUAUGCAAUACCAUGCGGGACACCAGAUCGUUAUCCUGGCCUGUUAUUCACUGCCACCAGAUCUGCCAUGUCAGUACAUCAUAUGUCCCAUAUCUCCCUGUACAUGUGCGCCACCGUCACAGCAUGUCUCCCUCAGGCUGGAGGAGGAGCUGGAGGAUGUGAAGCAGCGCCAGGAGGAGCGGCGGGGGGCGUCUGGGGCUGGGGCCAGGAGCCUGGAGAUGGAUGAGGCGGACCUGCAGGAGUACUACAGGAUUAAGAACGAGGUGGGGGCCAAGACAGCUAAGCUGCAGGCUGACAAGCAGGUGCUACAGCAGCAACAAGAGGCAGAGAGGCUGCCAUUGGCAGAACUGGAGGACGAGGCACAGCAGCUGGAGGGCCAGGUGGGGCUGCUGCGCGAGCAAAAGGACCAGCUGGAGCGCAGCAGGGAGCAGAUGUCCAUUGAGGUGGAGACGGUGCGGUCCACGCUGGAGCGGAAGCGACAAGAUAAAUCUGAAAUGGGGGAGGCCGCCCGGAGGCAGGCAGCAAGGAAGGAGCACCUGCUCCACAAGGUGGACGAGCUCCAGGAGGAGCUGCAUGAGCUGAAGGUUACAAAGAAGUUCAGUGAGCGGGAGCGGCAGCGGGUCGAUGCUGUAGAGACAAUGAAAGGCCUCAUCCCUGGAGUGUAUGGUAGCCUGAACGAGCUGAGCAAGGUGACCCAUAGGAAGUACAACAUGGCAAUGGCUGUCACGAUGGGCAAGCACAUGGACUGUGUGCUGGUGAACACAAAAGACACUGCCAAGGAGUGCAUCCGGCACCUGAAGGAGCACAGGAUACCCCCCAUGACCUUCCUUCCAUUGGACAACCUCAAUCUCAAACCACUCAACGAGAGCCUGAGACAACUUGGGGGGACAGCAAAACUUGCGAUCGACUUGCUGCAGUUCGAGCCCGCCUACCAGAGGGGAUUGCUGUAUGCUUGCGGGAACACCGUAGUUUGCGAUACAGUUGAAGAGGCUAAGCGGCUGGCAUUUGGAGGCGAGGAGCGGCUAAAGGUUGUGACGCUGGAUGGCACCCUUAUUGACAGGUCUGGAAUGAUAACGGGGGGAACACAUGGGGGGAUGGAGGCCAGGGCAGCGAUCUUCGACCAACACAAAGUGGAAACCAUGAAGCAGGAGAGGGACAGGUACAAGGAGGAGCUGAGGCACAUGCCAUCGGAUCGGGAGGCCCACCAGCAGGAGCAGCAGCUCAGUGGUGAGGUAGUCCGCCUUGCAGAAAAGCAGAAGUACACUGAGGCAGAGAUAGCCGCCUCCGGCAAGAAGAUUAUCUCAAGGGACAAAGAGAUCGAACAACUGACAGAGCGGCACGAGGGUCUGUUGCCAAGGAUGGAACAGCUGAGGGAAAAUGUUAGUGACCGGCAGAAGGAGAUCGAUCGGAUACAGGUGAGGAUAGACGCUGUGACCGAUCGGCUGUUCAGCUCCUUUAGCAAGAGAAUGGGCGUGAAGAGCAUCCGAGAGUAUGAAGAGAAUCAGGUGAAGCGAGCAGAGGAGAGGGCGCAGGAAGACAUGCGUCUGGCGACAGAUAUUGCCAAGAUCGAGAACCAGCUAAAAUACGAGCGCUCGAGGCACCAAGAGCAGGACAAGGUGGAGAGGCUGCGGAGCGAGUUGAAGACGGCACGCGAGGGGCUGAGGGACCUCAAGGAACGGCAGGCAGCGGCGGAGGCGUCCUGCAAGGAGGUGGAGGACAGACUGGCGAAGGAGCGGCGCCUGGCCGGGGAGGCCAAGGAGGCCGCCGACGCCUUCAACGGCGAGAUCCGCGAUAUGAGAAAGAAGCUCGCCAAGAUCUCCGGCGAGGCAGCCAAGGUGAAGCGGUCCGUCGACGCCAAGAAGUCGUCGAUCGAGCAGAUCGAGUCCAGGCGCGAGGAGGCUGUGCAGGCGGCGAAGGUCGAGAUGGGCGCCGACUUCGCCGUCGACUUCGACACGCUGAGCCACCAGCACCGUGCCACGCGGAGCGUCGCGCAGCGCGAGAAGAUGGAGCGCGAGUUCCGGAGCCAGAUCGACGACCUCGGCGGCCGGCUGGCCAAGGCGGCGCCCAACCUCAAAGCCCUGGAGCAGUACGAGCUGAUCAAGGAGCAGGAGAGGGAGCAGGCGGUGGCCCUGGAUGCCGCCAGGCAGGAGGCGAGGGAGGCGAAGGAGGCCUUCUACGCCGUGCACCAGCGGCGCUACGACGCGUUCAUGGCGUCGUACGACCACGUGAAGGCGGCGAUUGAGGACAUAUACAGGGACCUGACGAAGAGCGAAUUGCACCCGUUUGGGGGCAUGGCCUACCUCAACCUGGAGAACUCCGACGAGCCAUUCAACCACGGCAUACGGUACCACGCCAUGCCGCCGACCAAGCGUUUCCGAGACAUGGAGCAGCUGUCCGGUGGAGAGAAGACGGUGGCCGCCCUGGCGCUGCUCUUUGCCAUCCACAGCUUCCGCCCCUCUCCCUUCUUCGUCCUUGACGAGAUAGAUGCCAGUCUGGAUGCCACCAACGUGGCUAGGGUUGCAAAGUACAUCUACCACGCCACGCGGCCCAGUGUGCAGGGGUCGUUUCAGGCGAUAGUCAUAUCAUUGAAGGAUGUCUUCUUUUCGAACUCUGACAUGCUGGUGGGGGUGGCGAGGGACUUUGGGGAGGGCUGCGGCAGGACGUUUACAUAUGACCUGUCGGCACACGGACCCCCUGAGUGA